AUGACAAGUGCCGCGGCAUCGCACGAGGUUAGUGACGCACGCAGCGACGAUGCCUGGCCGGAGUUCACGCAAAGCAUGUGUGAGGAGCUGAACGGCAAGCGCUGCCUUGCCCUGGCGGCAGCGACGGCCCCAGCGAAGCUGGCCGCCGUGUGCCGUUGCAUCGACGAUGCGUGCGCAAGGCUGGUCGCCGCAAGCAGUGCGGGGGCGAAGGAGGAAAAGCCUCUAAAACCAAACGACCUGCUGCUCUCCCUGCAGCGCGCCCCACGUGUCUGCUUCACCACGGAGGCUGGCAUCGCGAAGCUGCAGAAGUGCACUGCCGUUUACGGGCGAACCCCAAGUCUGCUUCUGCUAGAGAUGUACGACGACCGCGCCUUUGUCCUGGACCUCAACCCCGGCCUGCUGGGCAACAGCGAGCAGGCGGCGGCCGUGGAGGCGUUCCUCCGUGGUGUGGCGGAGGGUAGUGUUGCGAAGGCCCUCCAAGGCGCGGCACCGCCCGACGAUGACCGCCUCGAGCCGACGCACGGCAUCACGCUGAGCCACGGACUCUGCGCCGUGACGAGCACGUUUCGGCGGCUAAAGCGGAAGGAGGCGGGCGGCGCAGUCUGCGUCUUCUGGAGCAGCCGUUGUGCGGUGUGCCCCGCGGUUCUCAUGAUGAUGGACCACCUUGUAGGCGUCGUCUGGAAGGCCUCCGAGGCCUGCGGCGUGGCACGGCCCUUUAGCUACCUCGCCUGCAACAUCGACGACAACGAUCUCCCGGCGGAGGACUGGCCAGAGACGCCGCACCAGCAGACGGUGCCGACGACGGCUGCGUACGACGGGAACGGGGAGCGCUUCGUGUACACCGGCAAGCGAAGUGCCGCACCUAUUGUACGCUUUAUAUGCGCACACUGCCUGCCAAGGGACUUGCCCACUGCGGCGCGGAUUACAAGCGAUGCGCUGGCGAUUGCAGAGAAGUUGACGGACGAGGAAUUGUGGGAGAUUGGCCUCCCUCCCGCCGCGAACAAAGACGUAGAGAAGAAGUCCCCACCGCACGGCGGCGGCAAUGCACACGAAGCCUCUGUCGAAAGCUCGCGGGGGGCACGGCGGAAGAGGCCGCUUGGCUGCAGUGAAACUCUACCGGACGACGAACUCCCCCAGCGGGCAGCGGAGCAGCUGGAAACACAAAAGAGGAGAGUGGAGAAGGAACAUGAGGAAGUCAUGGGCCCGUGA